AUGACGCACUACAAAAAGAAGACCAGGACCGCAAGCCAGCAGGCCGUAGACGCCCAUCGCGGGAGCAGUACGCUCGCCCGCGGCAGUGGGGAGGGUGGGAGCAGCAACGUGAGCGACCCUGCUGUCGCCGCCUGGGUCGCGCACAAGACCGACUGGUUCCCGAUCCGGCUUCUAUGCUGGGCUACGGACUCGUCUACUACGACAAGACAUGACCAGAUCAUCCUGGACGCCGCCGAGACUGCAGGCAGCGCGGCCACAAGGACAUUAGGUGCACGAGAUGCAGGAUGUCUCAGGCCCAGGGAGGCCGUGGUGGGCGCCAAUGCGUGGCUGGCUUUUACCAUUCGUGACAGUUCUUCGCAUACGAUGAACGGCGCUAUCUUCAGGUGUGGCCAGCUCGUCCGUCACGUCGAGGCGUGGCUGGAAGAGUGCAUUAGAGUGCCGGGCUGCGGCGGGCCCCGGGUAGGGACGGACUCCAUGGGCCGCAUGUUCGGCCUCAUAUCACGGCAAGCAUGUGCGUCCAAUGUCGCGGGCGAUUUUGCGAAAGGCGUCGGCAAGAGUGCCUGCUCAUAG